CAUGGCUAGAUUUGAAUUUCUCAAUUAUUUACCAGAAUAUAUUCCUUUAUCUGAUUAUUCUCAUUUAAAAGUACUAGAGGAAAAUACUAAAAUCAGUUUGGGAUUUAAAAAUAGUACUAGUCUCCUAUCGACUAGUGUUUUUUGGGUUGGAUUGAAUGCUAUUUUGAGGGAAAAUAGAACAAUUUUUCAAAUGGACUCGUCCACAUGGAAAAAUUCUGUUAGCUUGGAAUUUAAAGAUCAGCAAUUCAAUUCUGAAAAGUGCCUCGUUAUCGAUAUACAAACCGAAGUAUUAAGUAAUUAUAACUGUUCUGAAAAAGUAGAUGUUUUAUGUUAUAGGCCUCAAUAUGGAUUCUGGGGCAAGUGGGAAAUGAUCAACCUUUGUUCUGAAGAAGGGUACCGUCCAAACGAAUUGACUUCGGAAGAAUAUAGUAACGAAUAG